UGAAACGGCAGCAUACAGCGCUUGGUAUGGAGGUCGAGCGGUGCCAGGACGACGCCGUCGCGGCGAUCCGCGCUGCCAUGGCGGACAGCAAGGCGCAGCUGGCGUCGGUCAACUCGAUCCUUGUCGGCUUCAAGGGUGGCCUCGACCGGCUCGAGGGGCAGAUGAUGCCCAUCUACAGCCUCACCGAGAAGCUGCGCGAGACGCAAAAGAACAUUGACAUUAGCGUACACGAGCUGCGCGCAGUGAACGAGAACUUUACGACCGCCAGCGACGUCGCGACCGUGCUGCAGCAAGGCGCCAAGUACGACCAAGAGCGCUACAUCAAGACGAUGCACAAGCUCUUGCGCUCGAUCGAGUUUCUCGAGCUCCACCGUGGCUACGAGGGCUCGGGCAAGGCGCUCGACCACGCCCGCCACGUGCUCACGCAGGCCCAGGCCAAGUGCAAGUCGGACUUUGUCUCGGAUGUCGCCCUCGUCUUGCGCUACUCAGUCAGCGCACAGAGUCUGGUUGCGUCCACGCUUCACGACGCCGACGUCGUCAAAGGGUCGAAGCUCCUUACGUGCCUCUUGAGCACGAAGCUGCCGCCGACGGCGCUGCUCGUCGAGUACGGCGAGCGACGACUCAAGCUCGUGACCGAAGCACUCGACAAGGUCAAGGCAUUUAGCAAGGAUGACGCAGGGUCGCAAGCGCGCAUCGCCGAGUACCUGGACAACAUCGUGCUCGCCAUCCACGCCGAGAAGGAGCUCGCGAACCGCGUGUUCCCCAACGAAGACUUGGCCCACGCGGCGCUGAGCUGGACGGUUGCGCCGCUGCUCGAAAGUCUCACAAAAGACGUCAAGGAGGAAGAUGCCAAAGACGUCUUCCAGCCCAUGGAGCUCCACUACAUGUUCAAGUCCAAGAGCACGUCGUUCCGGGACGUGCUGCAGCCGCCGCUGCGACUGCGCGAGCACCCAGGGAGCGAGACGACCGAGCCGUGGAAGCUCGUGGGGAUCAUUGGCAAAAUCGAAGAAGGUCUCGCAGCCACGUCGCGCGUCAAGCUCGGCGCCUUCAAAGAAGACAUUGCCGACUCGGUGCUCCACGACAAGCUCGGGCUCAAGGACGGCAACGUGCACCCGAUCUCAAGCCACACAAUGCACUUUCUGCGCGAGCUCAGCGACCACGUUAUCGCGCUCGAAUGUCUCCUCUCGACCGACCAAACGAGCAACGUCACGUACUUUGUCGACUCGGUGUUGAUGAAGCUGCUGGACGCGCUGCAGGCAAAGGCAUCGGCCGCCAAGGCGCGCGGCGACCUCAAGGCCAUUUUUCUCGUCAACAACACUUUUUACGUGGCGAGCGCGAUGGCGCAGCUCGCAGGCGACUUUGCGAGCCAAUCCCCGGUCGUGACGACUGCCAUCCAGCAGACCAUGCAGCCCAAGGUCGCUGCGCUCGGCGAGAAGGCCAUGGCGGGCUUCGUCGAGGCGAGCUACGACGGCUUUGAGAGCAUUGUCGCCGACCCGAAAAGCACGUUGCAGUACAAGAGCAACAGCGCCGUGCUCACGCUCGAGAGCGGCCGCCUCCUCAAGGACAAGUUUGCGCGCUUCAACGCCGCGCUGGAGGAAGUGCACACCCACCAUAAGGCGUUUGUCGUGCCGGACGCCGAGCUGCGCGAGAAGCUGACGACGAUGGCGGCGCAGCGCAUCGUGCCAGGCUACCGCGCGUUCUACGACAAGUACGCGGGCAUCCAGUUUUCCAAGAAAAACAUGGAGAAGUACGUCAAGUACAAGCCCGACACCGUCCAGAGCAUGCUCUCGGACCUCUUCCAGGGCGACCACGCAUAACCACUCCAAGCACAUACUACAUCCACGUGAAUUACG